CCGCCAGAUAUUUUCAACUUCAUCCUUCUUCCCCGCCUCAUAUGACUGUUUUUCCCAUUUAAUCACGAGUUAGGGCUCGCACGGUAAGGUAGGCGCAGCACCGGCCACCUGUCAGAUGCAUCCAAUUACCAUUCUAACAGUCCCAUUGGCAAUCGGCCCUACCCGGCAGUUAGUUAGCCAACUCGAUUGGUUAGCAGAGACGUUUUCUUUUUAAAGAUCCAUAUUCCCUGUGGCUUUGAGGAUACAUUGAGUAUUUUACUCUGGUGUUAGACUAGUAUCUAAGUCACAGGAACGACCAGCCAACAUGGAUUCCGACAUGGACACUUCCGGCCUGCCAUGGCUAGACUCACCAGUGAUGCUGCAUUCAUCUCGAGCGGAUACAUGCAAACUCACUCCUCAACAGUGCGAAUAUCGGAGUGGCCACUGGCGAUAUUGGUACCAAGCAGAUCAUGUCUAUGCCUUAGCUGCGGUUUAUUUCAUGUGCGCCGUCAUUGGUGUCUUUGCAGUUGUCCAUACGUUGUCAAAAUACGGUCCCGCCUGGUUAUCGAAUACUGGAUUUGCUAAAAGGCUACGUACUGGUUUUCGUUAUUUAUCAUACAGCAUCGCAGGAGAGCAUCGGAAGAUUCCGUUUCUCCCCAGCGCGAGCCUUGGUCUUAGUCUGCUGAUCCUGGCCGGAGUGAUUUAUUUUGCCGCAUUGACACUUGGCCCGAAACCCUACUACUGGCCAAAUACCAGUACUUUGAACUACGGAAACAGCCCGCCAAUUGCUACCAGGACAGGGUGGAUGGCCCUUGGACUGCUCCCUUUUGUACUGGCGCUAUCGGCAAAAGCAAACUUGAUUUCUGCAGUGACUGGGAUUCCAUAUGAGAAGCUCCAGGUGUUCCACCACUGGACAAGCUAUGCAAUGUUUGUCUUGGCUCUUAUACAUACGUUCCCAUUUAUUGUCUACCACAUCCAGAAAGGCGACAUGGUCAUGCAAUGGCAAACAUCAGUUACGUAUUGGACGGGCGUGGCUGCUUUAAUUCCCCAGGCAUAUCUGACAUUUAUGUCUUUACCUUGGAUUCGCAACCGCUACUACGAAUUUUUCAAGUCUACUCACAUUACUGUCUCGAUAUUAUUCAUAUUUUUCUUCUUCAUCCAUUGCGACUUCAGACUGACAUCCUGGGAUUACUUUAUUGCCACCGGAACAAUCUACAUAUUCUCCCUGCUCUAUGCCUGGACCAAAACAUAUCUCUUUAGCGGUCUUCAUACGGCCAAAAUUUCUCUUCUUCCUUGUGGAUUGAUUGAAAUAGUUAUUCCUACAGUCACAUCCUGGAGACCUGGCCAACACGUCUUUCUGCGAUUCCUAGCAUUAGGUCUACACAGUCUGACCGCACAUCCCUUCACAAUCUCUUCAGUACCACAUAAGACAGAGGUUUGUGGACAUCCAUCAGAAAUGAAGUUCUACAUUAAGCCACACGGCCGAGGCUUUACCGCACGUAUUGCGAAAUUUGCCGAAGGAAAACCGCACAUUAGGGUCCGGGUAUUUUUGGAAGGACCGUAUAGUGGUGUCAACAAUUCAUUUCUUUCUACAAAUUUCGAUCGUUCCCUCGUCAUAUCUGGUGGCUCUGGAGCUGGCUUCUCUCUUGGGCUUAUAGAGGAUUUGGUUCGACAUCAACUCACCAUGACAAUCAGCGACACAGCGAAAACAAUCCAAGUCGUUUAUGCAACUCGCCACAAAGCAGUGGCAUAUUGGUAUAAGGAAAAGCUCGAAGAAAUAUUCACUUUGGCUCUAGGUAACGGAAAACCUAUUGGUUGCCAGGUAGAAGCAUCAAUUCACGUUACAUCUACGGAACCAAUAUCAAAAUCAGCAACGCAUCUAGAUGCCGCCGAUGCUGCCACAACUGACCAAGAGAAGAAUAUUACAAAAAGAGACUCAUCAAACUCGCUCUCAAGUGACAAUGAGAAUAAUUCCUCUUCUCAUAUACAGAUACAUGAGAAUGGGGAACGCCCAAACCUUAGAAAUGUCAUCUCGUCUGCUAGCUUAGCAACAAAUGGUGGAGUAGCUGUCGUUGUCUGUGGGCCCAACUCAAUGUUACACGAUGCUCGUAACAUUGUAUCUCAAGAGCAAGUGCGUUUGCUCAAGGACUCCUCUAGAAGGAAAGAGGUGUAUCUACAUACCGAAAGUUUCUCAUGGUGAGAUUUUGCGCAUGCGGACACGAAAACAUACGCAGAAAUUCAAGCCUGUCACCACUAUGAUAGCUGAUGAUGCGAGAAAACAUUCAUUGAUACCCAAUUCCUGCUGAUCAAAGCAGCUAUAAUUGUCUUAGAUUUUCAAGUUGUUUGAUAGGUACAAAAAAGUGUUUAUGAGUAUUAUAUCUGGGUCCUAAGAGUAGCUGGAACCUCACAUAGUAAUAUAAUGCCGGAACCAUUCAAAUUCAA